GGCACAACAGAAAAACAUUCACCUUGUUGUCAGGAGAUCUUCUUAACUGGUACUCACAUAUAUGGAAAAAUGCAAGUAGUGUCUCCUUUGUGUGUGUGUGUGUGUGUGUGUGUGUGUGUGUGUGUGUGUGUGUGUGUGUGUGUGUGUGUGUGUGUGUGUGUGUGUGUGUGUGUGUGUGUGUGUGUGUGUGUGUGUUAGGCUGCUCUGUAAUGUUCAGGAAUGAGAGGAAUCAAGUGUUAGGCCUUAACCUAUGUGUUAGUAACUAGUGGGUUCGAAUGGCCAAUGGCCAAAAUGUGAGAAAGUGGGCUAGAAAACUUGUUUAGUGCAUUCAGGCAUUUAUUUUGUACUUCAUAUACAGUUGGUGUGUAUAGUUUUGUUGUAAACUCUAGUGUUUGCUUGUCUAAAAGAUUUAUUACAGGUUUUUCUGCAGGCUACUGCUGGAACAUCUCUCUCUCUCUCUCUCUCUCUCUCUCUCUCUCUCUCUCUUUAUUGUUAUGUGUGAACUUCCUCUCAAAUAUCAUAAAUUUUCCUUUAUCACAAAACCACUGACCUCACCUUCAACACCCCGCUUUCCUGUGGGUGAGUGCUUAGUUUAAUCAUUACUGCAAUUUUCCUGUUUUUUUUUUUUUUGUUUUUUUCUCCACCACAAGACCUUUGCUCUCAGAUGCAGACAUGGCUCUUAAAUAAGAUUAUCUGAGGUAAUGUGUUUCAACACUCAUUCCUGUACAUAUUUAUUGCUCUAUUGCUGUUUAUUUUUCUAUACAUUCACUGUUAAUGUUACAAUACAGUACAGUACAGUACAGUAGAGUUAACCUUUCUUUUCGGAAUAGAAAAGAACCUACAAGGGGAAUUCAUACACUGUUUUUUAUAUGAUCUCUGGGUCUAUGCAGUAAGGGGGUCCUGUCCCUCUAGGCACAGGUCUGUUGAUCCUAUUGUCUCCUGCAGUUCCACACGUGGUCCAGUGCACAAAGGGCGUCUGGCUGGAAGCUUAGACUUGAAAAGCAGCCAUCACAGCCCAUCCAUUCACAUCUGCUCACUGAGGCGACAAGGACUCAUAGUGAUGCUGGGUGAACAGGACAUCACAACAGCAGAUCACUUUGUCCUUGCGGCAGGGAGGAGAAACCAACUAAGCGACUGACCAGAACUCUAUUGGAGCCACUACUUUACCAAGGUUUCAACCGGGACUCAAUUCACCUCAGUGUUGACCUCUUAUACUUCUAGGUAGUCUUGGGGUCGCUGUGUUGCUGUGUAAUCCUGAUAUGAUGAUGCAUACUUUUCAAAUGAUACAUUUUGACUCAGAAAUAUCAUUUAAUAUAGUGUAUGCUGCAUAAUUUUAAUAAUUUUAGAUUUUUUUUUUAAAAUUCUGGUCAUUACCUCAGCUCAUAACCUUAACCUUUCUGUGUUCCCUAUGCAGAGUUAAGAAUCCACCAUGGGAGACUGGAGCUUCUUAGGUAAUAUUUUAGAAGAAGUGAACGAACAUUCAACCGUAAUUGGCCGUAUUUGGCUUACAGUGCUCUUCAUCUUCCGCAUUCUUAUUCUUGGCACGGCAGCAGAGUUUGUCUGGGGAGACGAGCAGUCCGAUUAUGUGUGUAAUACAAAACAGCCUGGAUGUGAGAAUGUAUGUUACGAUGAGGCGUUCCCGAUCUCCCAUAUCCGCCUAUGGGUGCUGCAGAUUAUUUUUGUGUCCACGCCUUCAUUGGUUUACAUCGGCCAUGCUGUCCACCAUGUCCAAAUGUUGGAAAAACGCAAAGAGCGUGAGAAUACGGAGCUUCACCGCCAGCAAGAAGUGAACAGCAAACAACUUCCUUUUGCAGAAGACCAGGGAAGUGUUCACACGACCAAGGACACUAGCACUGAUGGGAGUAAAAAAAUUCGUCUUGAAGGCACUCUACUCUUCACGUAUGUAUGCCAUAUCAUCUUUAAAACGCUAUUUGAGGUAGGAUUUAUUGUGGGGCAGUACUUUCUGUAUGGCUUCCACAUCCUUCCACUGUAUAAGUGUAGUCGCUGGCCCUGCCCUAACACGGUGGACUGUUUUGUCUCACGGCCAACUGAAAAAACCAUCUUCAUCAUUUUUAUGCUAGUUGUUGCUUCUGUCUCAAUUCUCCUGAACGUUGUGGAGAUGAUCCAUCUAUGUUUGAAGAACAUUCAAUCUGGGUUCCGUCAGACAGCACCAGCCCAGGUUCAGACCCUUGUCUCUUCUGAGAGAAGCUUGCCAUUCGUUCCCUUUCAUAAGCCAAAAGGUUACAGGCCACUUGAAGAGGAUAGAAAGGAGGGCGAGGUUGCACACAUCUACCCUCUAGCUGAAGCAGGUAUAGAGGAAGUCCAGCUUCUUUGUCUAUCUCAGGAGGUGGAGCAGAAAAGAACGAAUGUGGCAGUAGUACCUACAGCGCCCCCUGUGGAGGAGUCAGUGAUUUAUGAUGAGACAAUCCCAGCCUUUACUGAGAUCACCAAGGCUUUCCUUGAGCUACCACCAACCGAAGAGGAGGAGAUAUGUAGAGAAGGGGAUGAGGUGGACAGUUCCAUACUUGUGAUUCCCUUGGAAGUGGUACUGGGAAGGAGAUCAGAAGAAGAAUGCAUGGAGGAGACUCAGACAAUUGGUGAUGUGAAACAAGGGGAUGUGCAGCAAACUACAGAAUCCCUAGUUAGAAAAACCACAUUAAUAGAUCAACAAUUGGAUGUGGAGACUGAAUCAGGACAGGGUGGAACAGAGGUUGUAGACGUUCUAGAAGAUUUUGAGGUAGUUGGAGAAGAUUCUGAAGAGGUUGAGAGAUUGGUAAAAGUACCAGAAAAUGUUGAGGUGGUUGUAGAAGUACUAGACAACGUUGAAGAGAUCAUAGGAGUUCCAGAAAGUGUUGAAGCAGUUACAGAAGUACCAUUAAAUGUUGAGGAGGUUGUAGAAGUACCAGAAAAAUUUGAGGAGGUUGUAAAAGUUCCAGAAAAUAGUAAGGAUGUUGUUGAAGUACCAGAAAAUAUUGAGGAGGUUAUACAAUUGCCAGAAAAUCUUGAAGCAGUGGCAGAAGUACCAGAAAAUCUUGAAGCAGUGGUAGAAGUACCAGAAAAUCUUGAAGCAGUGGCAGAAGUACCAGAAAAUCUUGAAGCAGUGGUAGAAGUACCAGAAAAUCUUGAAGCAGUGGCAGAAGUACCAGAAAAUCUUGAAGCAGUGGCAGAAGUACCAGAAAAUCUGGAAGCAGUAGCAGAAGUACCAGAAAAUCUUGAAGCAGUGGUAGAAGUACUAGAAAAUCUUGAAGCAGUGGCAGAAGUACCAGAAAAUCUUGAAGCAGUGGUAGAAGUACCAGAAAAUCUUGAAGCAGUGGCAGAAGUACCAGAAAAUCUUGAAGCAGUGGUAGAAGUACCAGAAAAUCUUGAAGCAGUGGCAGAAGUACCAGAAAAUCUGGAAGCAGUAGCAGAAGUACCAGAAAAUCUUGAAGCAGUGGUAGAAGUACCAGAAAAUCUUGAAGCAGUUGCAGAGGUUCCAGGAAAUAUUGAAGCUGUUGUAGAACUACCAGAAAAUGUUGAGGUUGCAGAAGUACCAGGAAAUAUUGAGGCUGUUGUAGAAGUACCAGAAAAUGUUGAAGAUGUUCUAAACAUUCCAGAAAAUAGUAAGGAUGUUGUCGAAGUACCAGAAAAUAUUGAGGAGGUUGUACAAUUGCCAGAAAAUCUUGAAGCAGUGGUAGAAGUACCAGAAAAUGUUGUGGAGGUUGUAGAUGUACCAGAAAUAUUUAAAGAGGUUGUAGACGUACCAGAAAAUGUUGAGGUGGUUGUAGAAGUACUAGAUAAUGUUGAAGAGGUUGCAGAAGUAACAAACAAAAUUAAGGAGGUUGUAGAUGUUCAAGACAAAAUUGAGGAACUACCAGAAAAGAAUGAACUGGUGGUAGAAGUUGCAGAAAUGUUUGACAGCGUUGCAGAGGUUUCAGUAAAUGCUAACGGGGUUGUAGAAUUUCCAGAAUACAUUGCGGAGCUUGUUGAUGUUCAUGAAAACAUCGAGGAGCUUGUAGAAAUUCCAGAAAAUCAUGAAAAUGUGGUAGAUGUUCCAGAAAAGGUUGAGGAGCAUGUGGAAUUUCCAUCAGAAUAUCCAGUGAGUAAAGAGCUGUCCAAGACAGAAGAGCUUACAAUAGAAGCUAAGAGCUCCUCUGUAGAAGAAGAGAAAACUGUAGACCCCUUAUGGAAGGAGAAACCUUUAGAGGUGAUUAAAUCUGUAGGAGAGGAGCCUGUAUCUAGGAAAAUCAAGAGGUCAGAUAUACUAGAUGGUGCAGAGGAGACACUCAAUUUAGAGGUAAUUGCAGAGGUACCCGAAAUAGAAAAUUCAUCUAAGGUGGAGUCAGUAGAGGAUGUUGUCAGUACAAAGGAAGUAGUAGACUUUAUUGACGCUGUGGAUGCAGGGAAGUCAUUCAGCAAGAUGGGCAAUCCUGAGGAGGUUAAGAGCACUGGAGCCCAAGAUAGUCAAGGGAAAACUAGAGAUCCUGGAGUAGUAGAGAGUUUAGAAUUGGAGGUUAGGUUGCCAGAGAUACAGACACUCGAAGACACGAUUUCAGGCCCUCUCGUACCUCUGGAAUUAGCGGCAAAGGAGACCUUGGAAGAUACAAGGGCGCCGAGCAGUCUUAGAAAAGCAAGCGGUAGAGCAAGGUCAGAUGAUCUUACAAUAUAACUAACAUGUUUACGUGAGCUAAAACAUAGAAAACAUCUUAAAACUAAAACUAAAAAAAAAAAAAAUCAAAGGAACAAUAACCAGUAUUUUUGUUUUUAGUUUUCAUUUCAUCUCAAUGAAAAUCUUUGUUCAUUAGAGGCAUAUUUCUGAUAUUCGUGUUCUGUGUAUGCUGAGGUCCAACAUUCAAAAACAGUUGUUAGAUCAUGUUUAACUGGAAUCUAGAGCAAUCAUUAUUUUUUUUAUACCCAAUGUACUG